CUUCUUUGUAACGUAGAUAAGAUAUUUAAAAAAAAAACACCUUAUCCUUGUGGUGACGAAGAGAAAGAUGAGUUCCGUAGGGCAAAGCAUUCUCAUGGCUUUAACAGUUACUGUUAACAAAUACGCUUCCUCCAAUGUUCAAGCUGUGCGAAGAAACGAAACCAAACGCGAUUCUUUAACCGCUUCAACCACUGAUUUCAGACGCAGAAACAUCAUCUUCUCCUCCUCUUCUUCCUUCCUUGCUGCUGCUUUGACCACAAGCGAUCAGCUUCUCCAGAAGUAUUUGAAGAAGUCUGAGGAAAACAAAACCAAGAACGACAAAGAGAGAUUGGACAGUUACUAUAAGAGGAACUAUAAGGACUACUUUGAGUUUGUUGAAGGAUCUACAAAGGGGAAGACAGAAGCAGAGCUCAGUGAGUCUGAGAAACGGAUACUCGAAUGGCUCAAGGCCAACAAAUGAAGAUGAUGAUGAUGAUAAAUUUUUGCUGUCUACGGAACUGGAAAAAAGAACUGUUCAGUUAUCUAUAAAUAUUAUUUCAUUCAGUGGCUUCUCGAAUAUGUUUUCUUCUCAAUAAACCCUAAUUUCGAGAAGCAAAGAAGCAGCAGAAUCCAUGUUGAAGGUUGUGGAAGUCGCAAUAACAGAGUCAAGAGGACUGUCUCAGGUAACCAUUAUUGUUGUCUCCUGCAUUUACAAAAACCUUGUCUGGUCUACGCAAGCUCUCUUAACUCAGCUUCAAUCAGUCGCUUGAGUAUGAAAAAUGAAAGAAACCCAUUCAAACUUUUGUCACACCUACAUGAAUAUAUUACACAGAUAAUGUCACACUGCAAGUUAAGGUU